AUGGAAGAAGACGACGAGAUUCCUCCGGCGACCUUCCAUUUACCAGAUUUUUCGACGUUGACGCCUCUCACUCAGGCGGAGGCGGAGGUCGGAGGAGGAUGGAAUACCGGUAAUGUCAUAGCCUCCGGUUGCGGCGGAGGGAGAGAGGAUUGCUGGAGUGAAGCAGCGACGGCGGUGCUAAUCGAUGUUUGGGGGGAGAGGUUCCUGAGCAGAGGGAUUCUGAAGUAUGAGCAUUGGAGAGAAGUGGCGGAGAUCGUGAGCAUGGCGGGUUUCGGUGAGUAUGGGAAGACCGAUGUACAUUGUAAGAACAAGAUCGACACGGUGAAGAAGAGGUAUAAGCAAGAGAAGGCGAGAAAGGCCGCCGGUGGUGGCCCCAGCAGUUGGAUCUUCUUCGAGAAGCUUGACCGAUUAAUCGGAGCCACCGCAAAUUUCCCGAGCAGCGAUCGUGGCCGUCGUAGAGGAGAGUCCUUCCAGAAGGUUCCAAUGGGAAUCCGUACGAACAGCCGUUCGAAUCUGUACCAAUGCCAGACGGAGCAACAAGCCCUUGUGAGAAGGUGUAGUGAAUCAACGCCACGGCAGUUCAGGUCGGAAUCUGAGUCUGAGACCUCCGGCGACUCCGAAGAUAGUCUGCCUCCGCCGCGGAUGUUGCCGCCGGAGAAGCGGUUUAAGAUAGAUAAGAUGGGAGGAGGGAGAGAAAUGACAGAAUUGGCGAGGGCGACUUUGAGGUUCAUUGAAGCAUAUGAGAAGGCGGAGAGCAAACGGCGGAGAUGGAGAAGGAGCGGAUGA